CAGUGUAGUGUGUGAGUGCGGAAUAGCAGAUGUAGGGUAGUCACACCAGCUAUACAGUGUAGUGUGUGAGGGCGGAAUAGCAGAUGUAGGGUGUCACACAAGCUAUACAGUAAAGUGUGUGAGGGCGGAAUAGCAGAUGUAGGGUAGUCACACCAGCUAUACAGUGUAGUGUGUGAGCGUCUCUGUACAGCACCAGGUGUGUUACUCAGGAAAAUCUCUGAUCAUACAUAACAGGAUUAAUCGACAUUUGGACAUGAGUGAAAGGAUCUUUACUGGAGGUAAGCCUGACUUACAUGUGGUGGCAGUGUAGCUAUAGCCCUUGGAUGGUAUUGUAAACAGUCAGUGUAUUAAUUUUGUUCUGGGUUAUCCCAAAACAAGGAAAUUUCAACAUUGUUCCAAUAUUUUUCAUCAUUACCAGGUAUUCCAGGUAUUGAGGUAUUGGUCACAACAAAGGAAAUGGCCGGUUAAUAUUAAGAGACACGGAGGAGAAGGAAUGGUUUCAGUGAAUUCUGUCACUCUAAUUAAAUUACAUUUUUUAUAUUGAUUGAAAAGUUGUGCCUUUGAUGCUCUUCACAGCCUGAUAAGGCCCGUCACAGGAAUGUACUAUAUAUAGUGGCCGCUAAUGUGUGCAAUACACAUGUACACAGGACCACAACGUGUGUAACACACAUGUACACAGGACCACAGCUUGUACUGUGUACUAUAGCGGAAGUGUUAACCAUUGUGUGUCUAUAUCAGGACGCCUGUUUACACCUCAAUAACAGCAGAUUACAAACAUCAGCACACAACUGGUGACACUAGAUCUGAUGUAUAAAUAGACAGAAGUCCAGCGCGCCAAUGAGAUGCUACGCGUGUCAGUGACAUCUUACACGAUGCUGUGACAUAGUACACACUAUUGUGUUGUUUAAGUGCCUUUGUUGUCAAUUCUGCGAACAAAAUUGCGGGUGUUAUGAAACUUUUUCCAUUAUCUACUGAGGAACCUGACCAUUUUGAUGAAAAAUUAUUGCGAAAGUCUUAAAAUUCGUUAUCGCUUGUGCUUCUAAAUGCGACUACAUGCGUAGAUCCCUGGGAACUCAGUAAGGAGUAGCGAGCUUGAUUUGUGUUAAAUUUUCAUCCGUUUGGAUAUUUUCCCUUUUCUACCUUGUGUUUUAUAAUUCAGUAGGAAAAUUUAGAUCAAAUUAAGAUUGUUUGAAUGCAUAAUCUGGAUUGCAAGAUGUCUGAUAAUAGUGAAAGUGGAAGUGAGUCCAGUGUGAAAUUUUGCAAACAGAAUGGCAACGACGAUGAUAUAUGUCGCGAUUACUUACGUAACGUGUGUAAACGUGGAAAGCGUUGCAAGUAUCGCCAUCCACACUCUGAGGAAUCGUCACGUGAAAGGAAGUAUGACUACACAUUUUGCCAUGAUUUCCAAAAUACUGGCUGCCACCGCCCAAACUGUAAGUUCCUACACUGCUCCCGCGAAGAGGAGGAGCACUACAAACAGACUGGACAACUUCCUGUUCGGCUACAACAGGCUGCCGCCCUUGGUGUCGGGGUUACCCCUACCAAUGACAUGCCCCUCCUGAAGGGCGAGAUCCCCAUCUGUAAAGACUACCUUAAAAUGAACUGUAAGCGUGGCAUUAAGUGUAAAUUCAGGCAUCUCACAGCCACUGAAUAUGAGUUUGAAUUACGUAAGUCGGACCAGAGGAAUAAUAAUAAUUCCCAAAACUAUGAUCCUUACGAGGAGGACUUUGAUCGAUUUGAGAGUUUUGAGUACUGUCAUAGCAGUAGUGGUGUUAAGAGGCGAAGGACAGACAGGGACUUGGAUGGAUUCAACAGUAACUAUGUGGAGAAUCGAUAUUCCCCUACCCGUCCUCUCAGUUACCAGCUCAUAGAAGACGAGAAUUCAGUAUUGCGUAGAAAAGUGGAUGAACUUAAAAAACAGGUAGCAGAUUUAACAGCUACAAAUGAAGUGCUUCUUGAGCAGAAUGCUCGCUAUCGUGUUAGUCGGACAUCUCUAGGGACAAGCCACGUGGCUGCCCCACAAUCUCUGAACCAUCUAGCAAACAGUCUUGCACAACAGAUCGCUCUCAACUCCGAACUGGCUUCCCAGCAUGCAUUGCAGCAGCGCCUGGCGCGGGAGCUAGCGCCGGUGUCGGCAGCAGCUCAGGGGAGUUUAAACCAGCCAACGGUAACAAUGAACCCUGGGUCUAUACCAGUAUCUCUUCCGCAGAACAAUCUGACGGGCGUUACCCUGGCCCCUGUGUCCAUCCAGCAGCCGUUGCCCCCACCCGUCAGUAUGACUCAGGCCCUGCCCCCACCAGUCAGCUUAACCCAGAGUCUCCCACAAAACAUGCAGGCCAACUCUACCACCCUCGUGUCCUACCCCAUCGUCUCACAGAAUCUCCGCACCGUCAGUAGUCUGGCUCACUGACACCACAGCGCCACCUAGCUAAGAUCUACUGUUACUUAGAGUGCGAGGUCGGGAUCUUACUGAUGGACGCCUGGUGGGUAACAACCCUGUCUAACUGGGCUGAACUACAGCUACCAGGGGGAACCACUGAACACAGCAUAGCUGUACUGUCCAGGGGGACUGGUGUGAAAGUGGCCAAAUUCUCACCAGAAUCAUCAGGUCCAGUUAAGGAAAGCUGAGAAGUAUAUCUUUAUGAUUUACAGCGACCUUCUAACUCAGAUACAAUCUGUAUGAGACAAUAUGGGGCUUACAGUGACUUUCACACUCAGCUACGAGACAGCUGGGUAGUGUAAUUUCCCAAGCAGAUUCUGAUCACCUCAAUGGGUGAAAUGACAAGCUGUCAAUAUUCAAUGUGGAAAGUCAUAAUCAAACGCUACUGAAAUCAAACAGGACAGUGACCACAGCUAAACCUGCGUGGAUAGCAACAUGUUUCUGUAGAAAUAAAAUGGUGAUGUAGCCAUGUGUGACAUAUCAGGUGGCAUGGUAACCAUGGCGACACAGAACAACAGAGGACAUGUCAAGUAUUCUGAGUGUGACGACAUGUAUUCUCCAGUGAAAUGGAAAAGAAAGCAUGCAAAAGCUGACUGUUGCUGACCGUUGCCGACCGUUGCUGACAGUUACAAACAGGAGAGGUCAAGUGUAACUCAUGACCUCAUAACACCCGAGUUUUACAAGCUUAAAUAUGGUUCCAUCCAGAACAAAUUGUGUUAUUGUUUAUAUAUUUUAUGGGCAAAGGGAGGUAACUGCAGCUUGACCUGGUAUGAUUGUGUGCAGUGUUUUGAUGUCUAUGCACACUUUACAGUCUGAAAAAGCAUCAGGACUACCAAUCAAAUGUGAGCUCAGCAGGGGGACUUCGUGGCGUUAUAGAUAUGCUGUAUCUAAGAUGAACUGACGGACUGGGAAGUAUUUGUAAACAGGCAGUGUCUGACGACUGCACUGCUGUCUGUCUGUAAGGAGACAAUGCUAUACUGGUCGUCGGUGGAUAUAUGGAGUAAGUGCAUAUUACCAGCAUUGGUUAUAUGUGGUACUUAUCGACUAUAUAUAGACAGAUCGCCAGUGACAUGUCAGUGAAUGUUUUGAGGUUAAGUUUGAUUAGAACUUCACAUAAGUACCAGCUAAGUCUCCUUAUUUAGACAUAUUUGUCUUUAAAAAAUCUGAAAAAAGUGUACAUCAUGAUGAGUACUGGGUCUGUAUUCAGAAAAACGUUCUCAUGCAUAAGUACAGAUUUUGUGCAAAAACAAACUUUCUUGUAACUCUUUAGGUCACCUGAGACAAAGUCUCAAGUGACCUAUUGCGAUCGCCUUUUGUCGUCCGU